CUGCCGUUGGAAGGAGGAGAGAGACCGCGUUGGGGGUCACAAACCCCUCCACGAUGUCCGCACCCGGUGGAGCUUCCGAGGGGACGACCCUCCUCCUGAUCCUCUGGGUUUCCAUUGCGGGAUCAGAUGCAUUGGAGAUGACAAUAUUUAAAGACCAGCUGGAGGUCUUUCAGGGUCAAGAUGUUGUCCUUGAUUGUAAGGUAACCGGCUACACUCCGGCAGUUCUCAACCUUAGUUUCGUUGCUGUUGAGUGGAGAUUUGUCUCUACUCAACAACUGGUCUAUUCAUUUAAUGGAGGGUUUAUUGAUGCACUCAGACCCGGAGCAACAGUAACAAUAGAAAACUUGAAGAGAGGCGAUGCCUCGCUACAUCUCCCAAAAGUGCAGAUUGAAGAAGAAGGAGAGUACAAGUGUAUUGUUUAUGUGACCCCAUCAAAAGCAGAAAAGAGUUCGUCUGUGAGAGUGUUAGCUAAGCCAAAGGUUACCUUGUCUAAACGUCACUUCACAAUCAACAAUGGUUCGGAAGGUGCUUUGACAUGUGAUGUUAAUAGAUUUUACCCAAAGACUCACGGGAUCCGCUGGGUCAAGGUAUCGCGUGGUGUGGAGACGGAGAUUACAACAGGAAUCAUCACACAAAUUGUAGCUCACAACAGUGACAGAACAUUCAGUGUUUCCAGCAAGUUGAAUAUCAGACCAACCCUGGAUGACGAUGGUAAUCGGUACAGAUGUGUGGUGAAGCACAGAGCAUUCAGUGAUAAUUUUACACUGGAGGCAGAGCUGACUGUGGUAGUUAAGAAACCACAGGAACCUGCAGGAAAUGGGCCUGGAGCUGUUAUUGGAGGUGUCGUUGGCCUGCUGGUGAUUGUGCUCCUUGCUGUAGCGGCAUUUGGCUUUUGGAAGAAAUGGAAUCAAGCUCCUCCCAAGAUCACUGAAAUCCACAAACCCGCUCGCUUUAUACAUGGGCAGCGUGCCGAUCUGAGUUGGGAAGUUACUGGAUUCAAACCAAAAGAGAUAGAGAUUGUGGUAUUACUGACGAGAAAAAGAAAAGAACAACUGAAGUUAUUUGUCUGGAACUUCACAAAGGAUGAAAAUGUGUCAUGUCAGAUUGAAGAAGGUGUUCCCAUCGUAGAUAUAAAAGAUGGAUGUGAGAGGGUGAAUUCCUUCACUGCUGAGCCCCCACGAUGUGUUCAACUCGAAAAUGGGACCUUCAGUGUAAAGUGUCUGAUAGGAUUCUGUCCUGAUGUAUCUGAGGACGACGGAGCUCAAAUGACUGUAAAAGUUCAUCACAAGACUCUGAAAACGUCUCUCGAAAAAUCUGUA